AUGAGCUUGCACCCUUCCUUCCAAUCAUAUCUCGAGUCAGCCUCCCAAUACCUCCAACCCAACCUGCCCCACCAGGCUCCCCCUCCACCCCCAGCCUCAGUCUUCGAAAGCAUCACCGCUCUCCUUGCGAGUGCGGACACUACAACAUUCGCAACAGCAUUACUCCCACUCCUCGCCCUCAUUUUCUUUAUGAGCCGCAGCUCCUGGGGUGGAGGGCGCUACUCCCCCUUCGCCCACGCCGGUGGCCCUCCCCCUCGUGUCGAGCCAGAAGAUUACCAAUACAUCGUCGAUGAUGAAGCAGAAGCCCGAGCGUAUGCUGGGCAGCGAAAUAACAGCUACGGCUUCCCACCAACUCACCGCCACCCCAGCAGAGCCGAGCCUCCGGAUGUUCUGAUCUUGAAGCACAAAGGCGCUACAUAUCGCCUCCAUUUCCAAGCAUUUGAUAUUUCAGAAGGUGUCCUCAAAGUUGGCGAUCUCCGCCGCACCGCUGCAAAUGAGCUCAAUGUAGAUGAUCCGAGGCGGGUGAAACUGCUCUAUAAAGGCAAAUCUCUACGUGAAGACCGCCGUGCUUGCAAAGACGAAGGCUUGAAGCAGAACAGUGAACUCCUCUGCGUCGUCUCCUCAGACCCGUACCCCAGAGACGAUGGCAACGAAUCCAGCUCCAGCGCGAGCUCAGAGAUGAUAGCGAGUGGACUCGACCCCGGCCCCCGCGUUGACGUCGACGGCACGAUAAUAGACCGCGGCGAGCCCAGGAAACGCAAAGGGCACCGUGCAGGCCGUAAAAAGAAGACUCGGGAUUCGCCCAUCACCUCACCCCGCGACUCAGGCCAUCUCGGCCCCCCCAACGGCGUCCCCUCAUCCACUACCCGCAAUCCAUCCCCUGGUCCUCGCGGUGUCCCGGCUCCAGCGCCACCCCAGCCAACUCAUCCACCGAGAAAACCCUCUACCCCUGCCGAAGCCCUUGCUAUGAUCGCAGAUACUUUCCACGCCACUUUGCUACCGCAAGUGCAUGGUUUCAUGCAGCAUCCGCCAAAGGAUGAGAAGAGUCGGGAUUUCGAGUAUAAGAAGCUGAGCGAGUCGAUACUGACACAGACACUGAUGAAAUUGGAUGGGGUGGAGACGGAGGGGAAUGAGGGGCUUAGGGCGAAGAGGAAGGAAUUAGUCACAGAGGCGCAGGGGUGGUUGAAUGAUAUGGAUCGGAUGAUGGGGAAGAGGUGA